CUUCGGGGUCCUUCCUUAUUUGACAAUGCCUCACAGGAGUCACAGUUAUAUAAGUUUAUGGAUCUAUCCAGCUACAAACCAGCGAUCUUUACCUCUUCUUGGGACUGCACUUCUCGGCUCGACUCUUUGUGGCCACUCCAUGGGCAAAACCACACUCAAUGAGCAUACAUGAUGGCCCGGAGCUGGUGCUGGCGCACGGCAUGGAGUAUACGUGUGAAGCGCAGGACAGCUUGAAGUACCCUGCCCAUGAUCAACAGUACAUGCAGCCGCAUGCCGUGUCUCCGGAUCCCAAAUCUUCAUACACUAUAACGUCCAGCCAUUGCCGCAAGUCCGAUUUGCCAUUCAGUAUGCCUACAUGGGUAUUUGCCUCGCUGGCAGUCUUGCUCGGGGCUCUCAUUGGCGGCUCCAUUGUAGGAGGGGUUUUGGGUUCCAUGCUCGUCAACCGACCUCGUCACUCAGACUCAUCCACGGCAAAUGACCCAAUUGUCACCUCCCCAACACCAGCCUCGCCAGCGCCAGCCUCACCAACACAAGUAUCGCCAUCACCGGCGUCGCCAACCGGCCCAGCCCCGCAGCCCGAAGCACCUUUCGCCAACUACAUGGCGCCUCCGCGGAGCGCAAUCCUCAACCUGUCGAUGCCGUGCAGUGGGCCUUUGAGCAUGCACCAGCAGCGGUUCAGGAGCUUCAACGAUCGACGGUUCGAUCUGCAGUGUUAUAUCAACAACUUUGGGCUGGGGACGAACGGGUACAUCAUAGCAGACAUCACGGCGAUCAUGGCGUACAGGUGGCAGGACUGCUUUGAUGCCUGUGCCAGCCACAACAAACUCCAGAGCGGCUUGCCGAGUCACCUGGUGUGUCGGUCGGCCGUCUAUACGAUAAACGUCACGUUGCCCGCCAUCACGCUUCAGGGUGGCAACUGCUUCCUGAAGAACUCGAGCAGGCACGCAAACAAUCCCGGGGAGGGAAACGGGCUGAACGUGUUUAGUGCUGAUCUUGAGUUGAUGCCUAGUGAAGAAGCGUGAAAUUGUAUCAUCAUAGUUUAGGUGUAUAUUACAUUGUCUAGAUCGACCUCCAAAGGCAAAUCUUGCGUCCGCCCGUUCUUGUACGUCAAAUUCUGGCAACUCUAGAUUGGGUACUUGGUCACUACACAGUAGAAUUGGUCACUACAAAGUAGAAUUGGCUAGAGCAAUGGAGUGCAUUCACGACGACA